ACGGGGCAGCUUUUCCUGGAAGUUUCCUCAGCUGAAAGGGCGGUGCUUCUUUGGGUGCUGCUGUAGGGAGCAACCUGCCGCCCCUAAACCUCAAAAUGUAUUCCCCAAACCCCCCCAUUUCCCACCCACCCGCCAUCGCCGCCACCAGCUCACGCUGUGCCAGACGGGACAGCUGUUUCUGGAGGUUUCUUCAGCUGAACGAGCAGUGCUGCUGGGGGUGCUGCUGCAGGGAGCACCACAGGCGCAGCUGUUUGGCGGCAUCCCACGCCCCGACGGGGAGCUGGCGCUCUGGCACACACACAGGGACGCUCUAGAGGCCAGGCUCCCGUCUCUCAGCAGCAAGGAGGUGGCAGACGCGUGCCAAGACUGGCUGAAAGCAUGCGCUGCUGAUAUUGCUGCCGAGUCCAAGAGCCUUCUCAGCAGGGUGACCCAGAUCCGCCACCUGGCGCAAGCAGAGGCCGCCACGCGUGCAGCGAUCACCAACAAGGACAUCUUUGCUGCCAGCCUGGACUGGCUGACGUCAGCCUUCGGCUGUCCCCCGGAAUCCCCCUGGCGCGCCCUGUGCGAGCUGCUACUGAAAGAGCCCAAGGACCUAUGGAGCGAGUUGUUUGAGGCCGCGUUCGCACUUAGAGCGCGGGAGAUUAUUGACGGGGCGUUUGCGGGAUUGACGCUGAGGGAGGAGAUUGACGGAGUGUUGAGGGAGGUGGGGGAUGUGGUGGCUGUGGCAGCCGUGGUUUCAGCACAGAAUGCUGCUGCUGCUGCUGCUGCUGCUGCUGCUGCUGGUACUGGUGCUGGUGCUGCUGGUGUUGGUGCUGCAGGUGGUUGUGCUGCUGUGGUUACGGCCGCUGCUCGUGCUAUUGCCAGUGAGAAAGCAGCAGGUUUGGCAGGAGGAGACAGGAGGUUCGGGGCAGGUUGGGCGACACUACCCCCUCUCACUGACGUUAUAGGCCAAGCAGGGUUCGAAGAGACAGGCGGGUUUGCUGUUGGGGAGGCAGUAUGGGGCAGCCCGGGAGAGGAGCUGGGUGCGGUGGGGCUGGGUAAAGGUGGGGGAGCAGGAGGAGCAGGUGGAGAGGGGAAGGAGGGUGGGAAAGAGGGUGGGAAGGAGGGUGGGCGGGGGAACGGAGAGGCAGUUUUGCGUGGCACGCAAGUGUAUGAGCCACAGGUAGCGGUGGUAUGGCAACAGCUACACUCCAAAAUUCAGGAGAUUCUGCUAGAUGCCCUCACUCUCCUCCUCCCUCACUCUGCACUCGCUCCCUCUGCCCAUCCCUCCACCACCUCCUCCUCCUCCUCCUCCUCCUCCUCCUCCUCCUCCUCCUCCUCCUCCUCCUCCUCCUCCUCCUCCUCCUCCUCCUCCUCCUCCUCUUCAUUGAAUUCUUCUGCCCCCGCCUCUGCCGCCGCUGCUUCGGCAGCUUCGUCGGCGUCCCGAACCAAGGAGUUGGCCCCGUACCUGCAGGAUCGGUGCCACGAGUGUGUGAUGCGGCUGGUUAGGCUGCUGGCAAGCAGGCUCGGCGACCUGCAGAAGCAGCAGCAGCAGGCAGAGGAGGCAGAGCAAGCUGAGGAGACGGAGAAGGGGGAAAGGAGAGGAGCACGAGAGAACGGCAGUGUUGAGAACAGCUCGGAAAGUGCAGCAGCAACAGCAGCAGGGGAACGAACAGGAAAUGGGUCAGGAGGAGUGUUGGAUGCAGGAUCACGAUCCAACGGCCCAGAUGCAGCGAUUGCUGCUGGGAGGUUAUCCGCGCAAGUGGCGGUCGAACAGGCUCUUCUGAUUGGCCGGCUGGCAGCGGCUGUAGCGCAGAGUUCCUCCUCCCUAGCUGUGGCGCUUGGCCCUAGCUCCACCUGGCCAGCUGUAGCAGCAGCUGCUGCCGCUACAGCAGGCGGCUAUACCGCUGCUUCGGCUGAAUCAACUGCUUCUGGAGUAGCCUCAGAAGCUAGUACUGGGGCGGUUUAUAAUGGGGAUGCUGAGAGGGAUGGGUCGAGGGCUGGGGAGCCAGUUCUGCAGUGGCCCUCUCAGGAGGUUGUGGGGAGUAUUAUCGCAGCAGCAGUGGCAGGAGGGGGCAGUGGUAGCAGCGGGAGUGGCGGUGGCGGUGGUGGUGGGUUGAGCUGGAUGGGUGGUGGUGGUGUGGGGUUAGGAGUGGGAGGGGGUUCAGGCAGGAGGGGUGGGAGGAGAGUGACGGAUCUUGCUGCUGUUGCGGCGAGAUCACCUGAGUUCGCUCGGCUACAUGAGAUUCAAAGGGAGUUGCGGCGGCUGAGCAUUCUGGCGCACUCGCACUGGGUGACUCACAGCACCCGCCUGCUCGCCUCCGCUUUCCGCCGCAAUCUCAUGCACGACCCAGCUCUCACCACCGCCACUCCCCUCCAGGUUCGCUUCUCGUUCGUUCGAGUUAGGUUUCCCUCUCCCUUGGAGGUACGAGCCUUCUUUGGAACCCCAACCAGUGCACUCCACUGUGCAGCACUGGGUGAACCUUACCUUACCCACCGCCGUUCCUUUUUCCGCAAUCUCAUGCACGACCCAGCUCUCACCGCCACCACUCCCCUCAAGGCUCAACGUACGGGAUUCUGUGGAACCCCAGCCUUGGUGCACUGGGAUGGGAAGCACGCGCAUCCCAGGAUUGAAGUCUCACCCACCCACCCAGCGAGCCGGAACUACCCGGCCAGCUCUCAACUGUUCCUCUUCCUAUCCCACUCCCUGCUCAGCCGAGGGAGAGGAGGGCAGGCGGACGCCAAGGGCUGGGAGGAGACGGUGGUGCAGCAGGAGGGGGAGGAGGGCGAGGCCAAGGUGGAGAUGCGAAUGACCCUGCCGGCAUGCCCCUCGCCCUACGUGGCGUCGCUGCUCUUUGCCGCCUCCGCUGAUGUGCACCGUGUGGGCUGCCACUCCCUCGACCGCCUCGUCCUCAGGCUGUUUGCCUGGGAACUAUCAGACCAGGUCCUGGGUGCCUAUGAGAAUCUUGCCAGCACCAAGCGUGCAUCAGAGAAGGGAGUGCUGCAGCUGCUCUUUGACGCUCGCCUGCUGUCAGACGUGCUCUCAGGAGGGGCGGAGUUGCCUCUGGACGCACUCAGAGCGAUAUCAGGGGCAGCAGCAGAAGGGGGUGAAGGAGGGGGAGCAAGAGCAGGGGCAGCAGCGGACAGGGGAGCUGGGGCAGGGGCAGCAGGGGGGGCUGUAGCAAGGGCAGGUUCAGGAGGGGGAGCAGGGGCAGGGGCAGGGGCAGGGGCAGGGGCAGGGGCAGGGGCAGGGGCAGGGGCAGGGGCAGGGGCAGGGGCAGGGGCGGGGAGCAUUGGUGUGUCGGUUGCGGCGAGGAAGAAACGAGUUGCAGCGCUGCUGGAGAAGCUGCAGGAGGAACUGGACCCCAUCGACCGAGCCGCUGGCAUGGCAGCGCUGCUGCUGGAGAAGCUGCAAGGGGAGCUGGACUGCAGUCCUCUUUGGCCAUCCCACUCAGCUGUAAAUCACUCCCCACGUUUUCCCUCUCCCCAUUCCCCCUCCCUCCCUCCCCUCCCUCUCCCUUCGUCCGCCCCCAGCUACCUGCCGUUCCUGUGGCAGAACCAGCAGCGGUUCUACCUGCGCUCGGCAGUGCUCUUCGGUCAUCUGGCCCAGCUGCAUCGCCUCUACACCGAUGCUGCACCGCGCCAUCCCUACGCCACAGACGCCAACACCCUGGAUACCGCUCCCACCGUUCCACGCUUCACCUUCCUGCCCAUAAGCUCCCCGCUUCUGGCCAAUGGCGGGCUGGCACCUGGCGGUAAGCCCCGCCGUCCAUCCACCUUUGGAGAUGUCUUGCUAUCCGUUUCUGGUUCCAGCAGCAACAGUGGCGCUCCAGUGUCCCGUGUGCCUAGUGGGGCAGGGGCGGCUGCAGCAGCAAGUGGUGUCGGUGGUGGUGGGUUUGGAGGGGUGGGUAGCGGUGCUUGGGGAGAAGAUGGGGCUCUUGGAGGGGCGUUCUCGUUCGCAGAUUCGACGGGGCUUUCUGCUACACCCAUUUUCAAGUCACUUAUGGGUCAGGUCAAACUGGGGUCAAUUCUCGGGGAUGGCAGCCAAGUCACGCGCAACAUUUCAAACCUACAGGAGAUGUUCAACCAGCCGUCGCAGGCAGCUGGGCUGUUCUCAUCACUUACAAGUGCCGCUGCUGGGAGCUCCUCUCGCCUGCAAGAGCUGUUUUGA